GGGAGCGUGAGCCGGCAGCGUGUGAGCGGCGAGGCGGGCCGGCGGGGGGCGGGGAGAAGGGUGCCUGUGAGCGGGGAGCGUGAGCCGGCAGCGUGUGUGAGCGGCGAACUUGGCUGGCGCGGGGCGGGGAGAGGGGCGCGUGUGAGCGGGGAGCGUGAGCCGGCAGCGUGUGAGCGGCGAACCGGGCGGGCGCGUGGCGGGAGGCCCGGGGAGGGGGGCGGGGGACGUGUGAGCUGGAUAAGGGGCUCUGUCAGUGGGAGACGCGGGCCGGCGCCUCGGGGCGUUGUGAGCCAGGCCUGCAGCGAAGGGGGCGUGUGAGCCGGAAAUGGGGCCCUGGGAGGCGGGAGGGCAGGCGGUCACCAUCUGGCCUGAGGGGCACGCAGCUGGGGGUCGAUCCCGGGCCCCUUCCGCGUGGGUCCGGCGGGGCGCCCAGAGAAUGCCCGGGAGCUCCAGCGGUGGGCUUGGCCGGUGCGUGCGUCCUGCCGCCACCGGGCUGCUUCUUGUUUUUAAUUUGAAGACGGUGACAAUAUCCUGAUUUUCCUACCCUACACUUUGGGUUCCGAGAUACAAGCAGCAUCUGAAGAAAAUUUACAGCAGUUCCAAGAGGAGCAUAUUGCUUCCAUAAGAAGUCAGAUGGAACUCAGAAUUAAAGACUUGGGAUCUGAACUCUCCAAGAGGAAAACUUUUGAAGAUUCUAAUAAAGCAGAGUUGGAAAAAUAUAAGCAACACUACCUAGAGAAACUAAAAGAAAGUCCUUGGAAAAGAAACUAGACAAGACUAAUGAGAGCCCGGCGGAGAUCAGCACCAAACUUGAGGUGGAGAAACAGCAGAAGAGAUCUUUACUCAGCACUCCUAGCAGCACGCUAGUCCUGGAGCCCUCUUCUGUUGGAAAUUUCAAUCCUACUUCAGGGUUCAAUGCAAAUCUUCUUUCAAGAGCAAUUGUAGGGUUUUCUACCUCAAUUCCACACCGUUCAAAUGACAGCGUGGAGACUUACUUGACCAAGGUUAACUUCGAGGAAUUUAAGGACGGUUUCAUGGCUGUGUUGUCAUCACAGGCUGGUCUUGCCUCCUCAGAUGAAGACAGUGGGCCUUUGGAGUCAGUGGGAACACCCCCUGUUCUCCAGCAGCCCCAGGAGUUCCGACAUGGGGAGAGUGUACAGGGCCGGACCCUGCCCAUGAUAACCUCACAGGGUCCGGGAACGUGGUCAUCCUGCCCUAGAUGUCCUCUGUCACAUGGAACUCAGCAUCUUCUUCCCAAGACUCCUUCCUUGUCCUCAGUUUCUGUGCAUUGCUGGCAUCACUGUUUCUCCUGGAGGCCCGGUUGGACCCAGCAUCCUCCUCUGAUGCUCCCAAGGUCAGAGGCUGCGGGCCAGUUUCGGUUGCCUCCCGGGCUGUGCCCUCAAAGGCCAUGAGCAGCUCUAAGUGGUCCGGCCGUCGGAGCCAGCCCGAGCCCUGUGGCGCUGCAGGUGGAGCCCCAGGUUUACCGGAGCAGCCGGUCACCCGCAGUGUGAGGAGCCAGCUCUGCCACUCCGCGUCCCUGGAAGGCGUGGAGCGUCUCAAGUCUGAUGAAGAAGCCGACAGUGCGAAGGAGCCUCAGAAUGAAUUCUUUGAAGUCCAAGGGCGCAGGUGGAGCAGAUGGCCAGGGAGCGAGAUAAGGCGAGACAAGACCUGGAGAAAGCUGAGCAGAGGAACCUGGAAUUUGUGAAAGAGAUGGAUGACCUCCAUUCUGCCCUGGAGCAUCUCGCGGAGGAGAAGGUCAGAAUCAAGUUGGAAAAUCUUUCUGAAGAAAUCACGCUCUUGAAAAAUGAAGUGGGGAAGAUCUGACAAGAGCUUGAAGCUUCAGGAAGGACAGAGGCUGCACAGAGGACUGCGCUCCACUUGGCCUGUGCCAAUGGCCAUCCCGCGGUGGUGGCCCUCCUCCUGGAGAGAAGAUGCCUGCUUGACCUCCGUGACAGUGAAAACAGGACCGCGCUGAUGAAGGCCGUAGAAUGCCAAGAGGAGGAGUGCGCGACUCUCCUGCUGGAGCACGGCGCCGACCCGAACCUCACGGAUGCCAAUGGCAACACCGCGCUCCACCACGCUGUCUUUUGCCAGAAUAUAUCACUCGCAGCAAAGCUGCUUUCCUAUGACGCCAAUAUAGAAGCCAGGAACGAGGAUGACCUCACACCACUAUUAUUGGCCAUAAGUGAAAGGAAACAGCAAAUGGUGGAAUUUUUAGUAAAGAAAGAAGCAAAUGUACACGCGGUUGAUAAGAUGAAAAGAACCGCCCUCAUCCUUGCUGUCAGUUACGAGUCUAUGAGUGUCGUCAGCCUUCUCCUGCAGCGAGGUGCUGACGUCUUUUCUCAAGAUGUCUUUGGACGGACUGCAGAAGAAUAUGCUGCUCUGAGUGGUUUUAAUAUCAUUUGCCAACUGAUCUCUGAAUAUAAAGAAAAGAGGCCUAAAACUCCUCCCGAAAAGAGCAACCCAGUGGAUACGAGUUCUGAAGAAGACUCUUUAAGCAGGUUUUCCAACAAACCUGGUGCUGACUCAUGGCCUCCGUCAGAUGAUGAAGUCUUAGAUUUUGAGACCAAGCAUGUCCCGAAACCAAACUUAGCAAAGCUACUGAAGGCUUUUCAGCAAUCCAAGAGAAACGAAGCAGAAUGUGGUAUUGUGAGACGGGACAGUCCCACCUCCUCUGAGAACAAUAAUUCUGAUAGUGAAAUUGAAGACGUGCUUGAAACCUUUCCCAAACCAUCACCUGGAGUCCAGGGCUUCCCUCAUCCUGCCUUUCCAAGGCCUGAUCCUCUUCCAAAACCACUCAAGACUCUAGCAGGCCUUGGUCUUGCACAGACUGAUCAUCUUCCAGCAGAGCUGGGAGCUGCGUGUUCACAGUGUCUGCACCUGGAUGCAACAUAUCAAGUUCUUCAACGGGAGUUGUUAUCAAUGAAAGGAUGGCAAAGGAAGUGUGAGAAACUAGAGAAAGAGAACAAGAAGUUGGAGCAAGAAGUAGUGAAACUCAAAAGUCCUAUGGAACUGAAGAUGAUAGAACACCCUCAAGUUGAGCAGUAUAAACGGGAGAUUGAAGAAAGAGUGAGACAGGACCUCGUAGAGAAAUGGAAAGAAGUCAACCUAUUUUUGCAGACACGAGCAGCAUGUCAAGAAAUCUCAGAGCAGUUCCAAGAGGGGCGUAUUGCUUCCGUAAGAAGUCAGAUGGAACUCAGAAUUAAAGACUUGGAAUCUGAACUAUCCAGGACGGAAACUUUACAAGAUUAUAAGAAAGCAGAGAUGGAAAAAUAUAAGAAACUCUACUUAGAGGAACUAAAAGUUAGAAAGUCAUUGGAAAAGAAACUAGACAUGAAUAAUGAGAGGCUGGCAGAGAUGAGCACCAACCUUGUGGUGGAGAAACAGCAGAAGAAAUCUUACUCAGCACUCUCAGCAGCAGAUGUGGCGGGAGCUGGACAGGAGUAUAACUAGAGAACUAAGGAAAGUUGAUGCUGAAUUUGCAUCUAAUUACAGUGUCUCCUUGAGGAUCUACAGAUGGGUCAAAUGUAUAUGAGGACCUAUUUUUGAAAACAUCACAAGAAUAUGUACAGACUUUGAAGAAAAAAGAUAUGACUUGAACAAUAAAUAGUAAAAGUUUCCCUACAGGACUGUUUACCUGACAUUUUCAUUGUUUCCCAUUAAACAUGAUGAGAAAUUCUUUAUUAAAGGAAAAUAUUUUCAUAUUA